AUGGGCUGUAAUAGAGUUAGGGAAAAUCAAAAUAAGGAAAAUGAACGAUUAUUCUGGACGGGCGAACAUCCCAUCAACGAAGUGUCGAUGGAUAAAAAGCGUCUUUGCAGUAAGGGGUUUCUGAAGGUAUUCGAAGAUUCUUCGUCUCGGGAAGUUACUCCUGAUCCUUUCAGUGAUGACGGAGAGUACGGUUCUGACAAGGAUUAUGAUCCAGAACCCAUAAAUACCGACAGCGACAGCGACAGCUCAGUAAGUUGCCAACGUCCUUCCAGUUCUGAGAAUUCUCUAUGCUCAAGUAGUUCCGAAAGUAUUUUCGAUACCAGUGCUCGCAUUAGUCAAAGAAAAACUGCUUCAUGUAAUCAUAGUACACAUACGAACGAUGCAGACACUGUUUCCAUGGAAUCUCUUCCUGGGUUGCUGAUGCCAGUUGAGUUGGAAAAUAGCCUACCUCCUGCCUCACUACCUCUAGAAAUGCAUGAUAUUGUAACACCUUCACUUUCGCCACAAGCCACAGAGCAGUUUAAUUACGUGGCUCCGCUUCCGCCCCCGCCAGUUGCUGAAACAGAAGAGAACCACGGAUCUUCAACACCGCAGCUGCUUAAAGAUAUACAAAUAAAUGAUUCAAUAUCUGCUACAAUUCCCUCGUUUUCUGAUGUCAAUACGUAUCUAACAUUGCCCGCUUUGUCCCCACCGCCUCUCUGUACGUCCGUAUGUCAAGAAGUUCAAUCAGAGACUGGUUUACCGUUGCUUGUAGCUGAAGAUGUUUACCCAACAACACGCAUCUUUUCACCGGCGCCACUGACUGCAGAAAGGUACGAUCAGCCGCACUCUCCCACUCAUUUGCCAUCACAUGAAGAGACAGAAAUGGAGAAGCACACAUCACCACCACCCUCAUCAAGCCCACUAAGGGUGGAAAUCAACCCGACGCCCGGAGCUUCUCACGAUCACAGUCGUAAUCGAGAAGCACUGACAGAUAAGCUACGAGGACCAAAGCAACGGACAACUUCUCCAAUUGAAAAUUGGGAAGACACUAUAGCAGAUAUACCAAUGUUUAACUUUGAAAGUACUUUUACAGGUUACCAAUUUGAACUUGACCCAAAUGCUUCAGUCGUAGACGUUUUCGAUAAAAUCUUUCCACCAUAUAUUAUAGAGCACAUAGUUACCUCUACCAAUGAGUAUGGAAGGGCACUUUGCUCCACAAACAGACCGACAACUAGAAACUCACGCAAUUACCGUUACAAAGAUACAGAUUCCGAAGAAAUCAAAAAGUUUUUGGGCCUAUGUUUACUAAUGGGGCAAGUAAAUAUCCCAAAAAGGAAAAAACUCUUUACAUAUACUGAUCCCUUAUAUUAUCAUCCGAUUUUUCAUUACAUUAUGUCCGCACGAAGAAGACUUGAUCAAAAUACUCAUAAAAUUGCCUCCAAACUAAAACCUGAAAUGAUGAUAAAUAGACACAGAUUUGACAAUCGUCUCAAAGAAAGAGCGAACUUUUCACAACUACCCGCUAAAGAAAAUAUUGAAAAUAAUGGUCACUGGCCUGAAAAGAUUCCCGUAAGGGAAACCUCUAAAAAAAGUAGCUGUUAUAUGAAAUGCAAGAUGUGUUCCAAGAAGAAGAUAAGGAGAGAAACUAGCCUCAGAUGCAAAGGCUGUAGGGAGAAGCCAGCACUAUGUGCCGUUUGUUUUGAAGAGUGGCACAGGCAACCUUCAAAUGAA